UGGGACUUCCGCGACGGGACAGCGAGUCCUGCGGGUUCUUGAGCGUCCUCAUACAUCCAGCCUUGCGGCCGGGAUCGGGCGGUGUUCCGAGCCAGGCGGCCCACUCUCUGUACUAGAAGGCGGGUCGCUGGGCGGGCAGCGCGGGGCCCACGCCCCUGACGCCAAGGCUUGGCGCCGGAGCCCUGGGUGGUCAGCUAGCCACGCCCACGCCUUCAGAUCCAGCCACUCCCACAGGCCUCGCCCCUUAAGUGCCCGCAGCCCGAAGUUCGCGGUAGCCUGGGGUGGUUUGCCAGCGCUGGUCCUCCGCCAGCCGCGGAGUCAGCUCCUGCGCUGGUCCUCUCCCCUGGAGCCAAGCUUUGGGCCGGAUUCUUGCUCCUCCGCUUGCUGGCCUUGCUGUGUGGGGUCCCGGCGUGGGCUUUUUGCUCGAAGAGGUCUGGCUCCCAGAAGAGCUAGAGAAGCUUAGGAACUAGGUGGGGAAAGAGAGAGCAGUUACCUUCGCCUUGCCCUGGAGGGUCCCCCUUGACCUAAUGGCAGCACCUCCGCUGGGCCGACUGGUGCUGACCCAUCUACUGAUGGCCCUCUUCGGCAUGGGCUCCUGGGCUGCGGUCAACGGGAUCUGGGUGGAGCUGCCGGUGGUGGUGAAAGUGCUGCACGAGGGUUGGAGCCUCCCUUCCUACCUCUCUGUGCUUGUGGCGCUGGGGAACCUGGGUCUGCUGGUGGUGACCCUGUGGAGGCGGCUGGCCCGUGGCAAUGACGAGAGGAUCCCCAUCCGGGUGGUACAGGGCCUGAGCAUAGUGGGCACAGCCCUGUUGGCCCCUCUGUGGCACCGUGAGGUCCUUGUGGUAGGACAGCCCCACUCCGUGGUCUUCCUAACCCUGACAUUUGUACUGGCACUGGCCUGCUGUGCCUCUAAUGUCACUUUUUUGCCCUUCCUGAGCCACCUGCCACCUCACUUUUUACGAUCUUUCUUCCUGGGUCAGGGCCUAAGUGCCUUGCUGCCCUGUGUACUGGCCCUGGCACAGGGGGUGGGCCGCCUUGAGUGCCUGCCUGAGUCUGUCAAUGGCACUAAUGACACCACUGGGCCUCCCAUCAAGGUGUCCCCGGUCAAUUUCCCUGAGCGCUUUUCUGCCAGUACUUUCUUCUGGGCACUGACUGCCCUUCUGGGCACUUCAGCUGCUGCCUUUCAAGGUCUCUUGUUUCUACUGCCAUCACCAGCAUCCGUACCCACAGAGGGCUCAGCUCAACAGGUGGGAACACCAGGAACAGAGGAGGAAGAGGAAGAGGCCUUGCCAUUACAGGAGCCAUCCAGCCAAGUGGCAGGCACCACUCCCAGUCCAGACCCUAAGGCCCAUAAGCUGUUUUCUGCCCGAAGUGCCUGCCUACUGGGGCUGCUGGCUGUCACCAAUGCACUGACCAACGGUGUGCUGCCUGCUGUGCAGAGCUUUUCCUGCCUGCCCUAUGGGCGCCUGGCCUACCACUUGGCUGUGGUACUGGGCAGUUCUGCCAACCCCCUUGCCUGCUUCCUGGCCAUGGCUGUGCUAUGCAGGUCCCUGGCAGGGCUGUAUGGUCUCUCUCUGCUGGGCAUGCUCUUUGGAGCCUACCUGAUGACACUGGCAGUCCUAAGCCCCUGUCCUCCUCUGGUGGGCACCUCUGCAGGUGUUGUCCUUGUGGUCCUGUCAUGGGUGCUGUGUGCAGGCGUGUUCUCAUAUGUCAAGGUGGCGAUCAGCUCCAUGCUGCACAGUGGGGGACGGCCGGCAUUGCUUGCAGCUGGUGUGGCUAUCCAGAUGGGGUCUCUGCUUGGUGCCACUGCCAUGUUCCCUCCCACCAGCAUCUAUCGUGUAUUCCACAGUGGAGAGGACUGUGUGGACCAGUGUGGCCCUUGAGCCUGGGCAUAUGAGACUUACUCCAUCUCACUUGUCCCUACCUGGAGGCUGUCACAGUGCCUGUCAGGUCCUUUGGCCCAGGGUGGCUUCCCUACUGACCAACACACUCAUGGAUACUGUACACUCCACAAGAGACCUGGCUUUUUAGAAAAGGCCAGUGUGAGGACCAAAGAGCAGGCCUAGAACCUUGGACAGAUUGGGGCUGUGGCCUUCACCCUGGGACCUUCGUGAGAUUUGCACAAUAAAGCAUCUUUAUUCAGUGGGUUGUUAA